AUGUCUCAUAUCAUAUACUCACUCAAGCCUCUUCCCCAAACUGUCACCCGUGGUUGCAGCAGAUGACAAUGGCCAGGAAAUUGAGCCCGACGGGCUUCACCAAGGCGGUGAUGCGGUCCUUCAUGGCCGAUUCCGGCCUGGAGCCAAGGCUGCUAGGACCGCGGUUUCGGGUCAUCAGCGCAUCUCCCGGCCGAGUCGACUUUGAGAUGGACAUCCACAAGGAUCAUACGAAUCGCCUCCAAACUAUCCAUGGCGGCACCAUUGCGAGUCUCGUCGACCUAGGGGGCUCUUUGGCCGUCGCCUCCACUGGUCGUUUUGCAACAGGCGUCUCGACGGACCUCAACGUGACGUAUUUGGCUCCAGGUGGGCGGCCGGGCGACUUGCUUAAGGGAACCGCAAUCUGCGACAAGAGUAAUGCCUUCGAAGCCUCCCCUCCCCCUCGUACCGUCAUCGUCAGAACUAGAUAUUGACAGCAGCGCAGUUGGCAAGACGCUCGCCUACACAACCGUAACCUUUACCAACAGCAAGGGGCAAAUCGCCGCCAGAGGCAGCCAUACCAAAUAUGUCACGGGAACGAUGGGGGCCGACGGGCCUUAUGUCGCCCCUCCUGAGUAUUCCGACGUAGACUAGACGCAUGGCGAGUUGACUUAUAGACCUUUAUUAUGCUCUGUGAAAUACGACCACAGGCAAGAGUUCAGACUUGUAUAUACAAAACGACGACGCCGACUAAUCGCUAUUCUUCAAACAAACAAGAGGGCGCGUUGUAUCCGUCGUCACCCUCCCGAUUUGCGCCUCAUCACCUCUUCUCGUUGUAUGGUAUGGGGACGACCUGAGGCGGCGUGCCAUCAGCCUGGUGGUUCAGGCCCAUCGCCUCGUAGUGAGACGGCGGCGGAGGCGAUACGGCGCCAGUCUGCACGCUGCUUUCGUACGAGCGCUGAAUGUGUGGUGAUACUGGCUCCGACCAGUGCUGCUGGGGGGAGAGCUCAUGCCGAAACUGUGGGGCGUGUAGUCCCGCCGCGUGUUGGGGCGGCAGCUCUUGAGGGUUGCCGUACACGGGGGGCAUGGUGGCCGUCGCCGUCGGCUGUUGCCAGGUUUGCGGCGCGGGCUGAAGCGGCGUGGGGCUGUACUCGUACCCCCAUGGCAAUGGCUGCGAGCCCGUUGCAUGGGCCAUGGGGCGGACCAUCAUGAAGGGUUGCUCUGUGGCCCAGACGCCAUGUUGUUUCUUGGUGCCCAGGGCGAACAGUAUCAUGAGGAUGAUGAAAGAGGGCCAGAAGUUGAAGAUGACGUCAAGUAUGGCAAAAUAGGGCCCUGGAGUCUUGACGAUGUCCGGGAACACCGUAUCCCCGAGGGGCACGUAGUCGGCGUAGUAGCCCACGUUGUAGCAAGUCUUGAGGAGCAAGAGGACGCAGCAGACUAUUAGGUACCGAGUCGCCUAUUUCGUCGAUUAGCGGCAUGUUUCAAGGUUCGUCCUCCGGAGUAUAGAAGAAGAAAGAGUCCUACAGUUGUGACGCGCGGUUCAGCGCGUGUCUUGACAGCGACCACGAUGGAUCUGACCAG